UCCAGACAUUUCAGGAUGGCAUGGCUUUUUUGUUCCUGUGUAUUUGCUGCAGUAAUCAUUGUGGUUCUUUACCUGAAGAGGAAAAUGCAGGUGUUUCUGGCAGACGAUAGAAGCCCUCCAAGCCUCCCUUCUCUCCCUGUUAUCGGGAGCCUUCUGAGCCUAAAGAGUGACAGCCCUCCACACAUUUUCUUUCAGCAGCUGCAGAAGAAAUACGGGGAUAUAUAUUCGCUUAUGAUGGGCUCCCAUAAAGUUAUCAUCGUCAACAAUUAUCACCAUGCAAAAGAGGUCCUGCUUAGGAAAGGGAAAAUAUUUGCAGGGAGACCACGGACUGUUACUACAGACAUCUUAACACGAGAUGGGAAAGACAUAGCAUUUGCUGACUACAGUGCCACAUGGAGGUUCCAUCGGAAAAUUGUGCAUGGAGCCCUGUGCAUGUUUGGAGAGGGAGCUGUGUCUAUCGAGAAAAUAAUUUGCAGAGAGGCGAGCUCUAUGUGUGAGGUUCUGACUGAAUUGCAGAACACUGCAGUGGACAUGGCCCCUGAGUUGACCCGCGCAGUCACAAACGUGGUGUGUGCCCUGUGCUUCAGCUCCUCAUACAAGCGUGGAGAUCCUGAGUUCGAAGCUAUGCUCCAGUACAGCCAGGGCAUUGUGGAUACGGUUGCCAAGGACAGUUUGGUGGACAUUUUCCCAUGGCUGCAGAUGUUUCCAAAUGAAGACCUCAGAAUUCUAAAACAAUGUGUUUCCAUUAGAGACAAGCUGCUUCAAAAGAAAUAUGAGGAGCACAAGGCAGAUUACAGUGAUAACGUCCAGCGGGACCUGUUGGAUGCUCUGCUGCACACCAAACGCAGGUCAGAGAAUAACACCAGCACUCAGGAUGUUGGUCUCACUGAUGACCAUCUGCUGAUGACUGUGGGGGAUAUUUUCGGAGCUGGAGUGGAGACCACAACCACCGUUCUGAAGUGGUCCAUAGUUUACCUUAUACAUCAUCCACAGGUUCAGAAAAAGAUUCAAGAAGAGUUGGACAGUAAGAUUGGAAGAGACAGGCACCCACUGCUUAGUGACAGAGGAAAUCUGCCCUACCUUGAGGCCACAGUCAGAGAGGUGCUCCGAAUUCGGCCUGUCUCUCCACUCCUCAUCCCUCAUGUUGCUCUCUCAGACUGCAGUAUAGGAGAGUACACUGUGCAGAAAGGGACACGAGUCAUUGUUAACCUGUGGUCCUUGCAUCAUGAUGAAAAAGAAUGGAAAAACCCUGAACUGUUUGUUCCAGAGCGUUUCCUGGACAAGGAAGGGAACAGUCUGUUAUACCCAUCGGCCAGUUACCUGCCCUUUGGAGCUGGUGUGCGCGUUUGUCUCGGCGAGGCCUUGGCCAAGAUGGAGCUCUUCCUCUUCCUGUCAUGGAUUCUGCAGAGGUUCACUCUGGGGGUGCCUGCUGGUCAGCCUCUACCAGAUCUGCAGGGCAAGUUUGGGGUUGUCCUUCAGCCCCAGAAAUAUAAGGUCGAUGCCAAACUCAGGCCUGGUUGGGAAAAGACCCCACAACUUCAUUAA